CGGCGGGGGGCGGGCCGUCCUUUGUGCUAAUGCCCGUAAAACUCGGGGCCAGUGGUGUCGCCGACACGUAAAAAGGGGCAAUUCGUAUUUUCGUGCUGAAAUCCUCUCGGGUAGAGGCAGGAGAGCGACCAACCGACCGACCGACAGAUCGAUCGAUCGCCGCUGACAUGGAGGAGGACGACAGAUGCGAGCAGAUGAGACCCCUUCUGACGACGGGUCAUGAUGAGGAAGCCGUUGUGGAUCUUGGUAAAACCAGCUCCACAAUCAACACAAACUUUGAGAAGGAAGAGCUAGAAAGCCACAGGGCGGUGUACAUCGGCGUCCACGUGCCCCUGGGCCGCCAGAGCCGGCGCCGACACCGGCACCGCGGGCACCGGCACCACCGCAGGAGGAAGGACCGGGGCUCGGACCGCGAGGAUGGCCGGGAGUCGCCGACGUACGACACCCCCUCCCAGAGAGUCCAGUUCAUCUUGGGCACAGAAGACGACGAUGAAGAGCACAUUCCCCACGACCUUUUCACCGAGUUGGAUGAGCUGUCGUUCAGAGACGGUCAUGCCACAGAGUGGAAAGAGACAGCCAGGUGGCUGAAAUUCGAGGAGGACGUGGAGGACGGCGGGGAGAGGUGGAGCAAGCCGUACGUGGCCACGCUGUCCCUGCACAGCUUGUUCGAGCUGCGGAGCUGCAUCAUGAACGGCACGGUCCUGCUGGACAUGAGAGCCAACACGCUGGACGAGAUUGCAGAUAUGAUCAUGGACAGCAUGGUGGCCUCGGGGCAGCUGGACGAGUCUCUGCGCGAGAAGGUCCGGGAGGCCAUGCUGAAGAGGCACCACCACCAGAACGAGAAGAAGCUCAGCAACCGCAUCCCGCUGGUGCGCUCCUUCGCGGACAUAGGCAAGAAACAUUCCGACCCGCACUUGCUUGAGAAAAACGGCCUGCUGGCGUCUCCGCAGUCGGCCCCGGGAAACCUGGAGCACGCCAAGCCCAGCGAGAGCAGGAUCAACGGCGGAGGAGGAGGAGGAGGAGGAGGAGGAGGGGGAGGGGGAGGAGGUGGCGGCGGCGGCAGCCGGGAGAACAGCACCAUGGACUUCAGCAGGGAGUCUGACUCCUUUCACUGUAGCUGUGGUUCACUUGGUGUGGGACCCAAGAAGAUUGGAGUUGACAUGAACUUCAUGAAGAAGAUCCCCCCUGGAGCAGAGGCCUCCAAUGUGCUGGUGGGGGAGGUCGACUUCCUGGAGUGCCCCAUCAUCGCCUUCGUCCGGCUGGCCCCGGCGGUGCUUCUCACAGGCCUCACGGAGGUGCCUGUGCCCACCAGGUUUUUGUUUCUGCUGCUGGGUCCAUUCGGCAAAGGGCCGCAGUACCACGAGAUUGGAAGAUCCAUCGCCACUCUCAUGACCGAUGAGGUUUUCCACGACGUUGCUUAUAAGGCGAAAGACAGAAAUGACCUCCUGUCUGGCAUAGACGAGUUCCUGGACCAGGUGACAGUCCUGCCUCCUGGGGAAUGGGACCCCACCAUACGCAUUGAGCCCCCGAAGAGUGUCCCGUCCCAGGAGAAGCGGAAGAUUCCAGCUCUGCCGAACGGCUCGGCCCCCACGCCGGAGGCGGCGAAGGAGGAGGAGCACCACGCGGGGCCGGAGCUGCAGCGGACGGGCCGGCUGUUUGGGGGGUUGAUCCUUGAUGUGAAGCGCAAAGCUCCCUUUUACUGGACUGAUAUCAAAGAUGCCCUGAGCCUCCAGUGUCUGGCUUCUAUCCUCUUCCUGUACUGUGCCUGCAUGUCCCCGGUCAUCACUUUCGGGGGGCUGCUGGGAGAAGCUACGAAAGGCAACAUAAGUGCAAUAGAGUCCCUGUUCGGAGCCUCCCUCACGGGGAUCGCCUUCUCCGUGUUCGCCGGACAGCCCCUGACGAUAUUGGGGAGCACAGGACCAGUUCUGGUUUUUGAAAAGAUUUUAUUCAAAUUUUGCAAGGACUACGGGCUGUCCUACCUGUCUCUGCGCACCAGCAUCGGUCUGUGGACGGCCUUCCUGUGUCUCGUCCUGGUCGCCACGGACGCCAGCAGCCUGGUGUGCUACAUCACCCGCUUCACCGAAGAGGCCUUUGCUGCUCUGAUCUGUAUUAUAUUUAUUUAUGAAGCUCUAGAGAAGCUCUUCCACCUGGGAGAAAUGUAUCCGGUCAACAUGCACAACGACCUGGACAACCUCACCUUUUAUACAUGCCAGUGUUCUGAACCAAGCAAUGCAAGUGCUGAAACUCUGCAGCACUGGAACAAAACCGGAUUCGCACCAAAUUCAAUUCCUUGGAGCGAGUUGAACAUUUCGAUGUGCAAGAGCCUGCAAGGAGAGUUUGUCGGCGCUGCCUGCGGACACCAUGGGCCCUACAUCCCUGACGUUCUCUUCUGGUCCGUCAUCCUCUUCUUCACCACGUUCUUCCUCUCGGCCUUCCUCAAGCAGUUCAAGACGAAGCGCUAUUUCCCCACCAAGGUUCGCGCAACCAUCAGUGAUUUUGCUGUGUUUCUUACCAUAAUGAUUAUGGUAGUCGUUGAUUAUCUGGUGGGAAUACCCUCUCCCAAACUGCACGUUCCCGACCGCUUCGAGCCCACGUCCAAGCACCGAGGAUGGCUGAUCGAUCCCCUGGGCGACAACCCCUGGUGGACUCUGCUGGCGGCUGCGGUCCCCGCGCUGCUGUGCACCAUCCUCAUAUUCAUGGACCAGCAGAUCACCGCCGUCAUCAUCAACCGGAAGGAGCACAAGCUCAAGAAAGGGUGUGGCUACCACCUGGAUCUCCUGGUGGUGUCCGUGAUGCUGGGGAUCUGCUCCAUCAUGGGCCUGCCCUGGUUCGUGGCCGCCACGGUCCUCUCCAUCAGCCACGUCAACAGCCUGAAGGUGGAGUCGGAGUGCUCGGCUCCCGGAGAGCAGCCCAAGUUUCUGGGGAUCAGGGAGCAGCGGGUCACGGGCCUCAUGAUCUUCGUCCUGAUGGGGCUGUCCGUGUUCAUGACCUCGGUGUUGAAGUUUAUUCCCAUGCCAGUAUUAUACGGUGUCUUUCUUUACAUGGGUGCGUCUUCACUGAAAGGCAUUCAGUUCUUUGAUCGCAUAAAGCUGUUUGGCAUGCCAGCAAAGCACCAGCCCGACUUGAUCUACCUGCGAUACGUGCCCCUGUGGAAAGUGCACAUCUUCACCAUCGUUCAGCUCACCUGCUUGGUCCUCCUGUGGGUGAUCAAGGCCUCGGCGGCCGCAGUCGUCUUUCCUAUGAUGGUGCUGGCUCUGGUCUUCAUCCGCAAGCUGCUGGACUUCUGCUUCACCAAGCGGGAGCUGAGCUGGCUGGACGACCUGAUGCCCGAGAGCAAGAAGAAGAAGGAGGACGACAAGAAGAAGAAGGAGAAGGAGGAGGCAGAGAGAAUGCUUGAAGUGGAAGUGAGCGAAUCUGUACAGAUUCCUUUCGAAGAGGGAAAUCUGUUAAAGAUUCCUGUGAAGACCCUCAAAUGCAGUUCUGACCCUUCAGUUGUAAACAUUUCUGAUGAAAUGGCCAAAACCGCUGUGUGGAAAGCUGUUACCAUGAGUGCCGACAAUGCCAAAGUACUGAAACGUAGUGCAAGCAAUGAAAAGAUGGCGUGUAUUAAAAUCAGCAUUGAAGAUGAUCAGGGAGGAAAAUAUGUGGACGCAGAGACAUCGCUGUAAAAGCAAAACAAAACGGUUGCUUUUGCAAGCCUCUACUUGAGCUGCAUUUUAGCCGCCGAACGGUGGAAAGUGCCGCAGAAGAAUUUUAAGCCAUUAUCACAUUUUAGAGUCCUCCUUCCACAUGGCAUUAUGUUAAUCUAGCUAACCAAGUAGCUAAUUCAGCAGUGCAGUGGGAAGCAGUGGUGUUGUGGUUAGAGAGUUCUUGAAAUUCAGAUUCUGGAAAUUACAGUUUGUUCACUUGUAAAGAGGAUUUCCAGAGGAAAGCUUUUAAGGUGAAUACGUUUUGCCCUUGUGUUCAGGUGCUCAUCGAGAUUAGGCAGGUUUUUUUUUUUCCCCCAUCAGGUUUCCGGUUAACAUUACAAGUUGGAGUACUGUACAUCUUGCAGGAACACUUGUGCUUUAAAAUGCUGUGGGAUCUUUUGCACUUAAGUGUCAUCUGUGCACCCUUUUUGUUUUCUCAAAGAACCUGAUCUCUGGUAGCCAGUGACACAUGCACAGUACAGUCUCCCAAGCAAUUAAUUGAUGACGCUGAGUUGCAGUUUGCUUUUCCACGCGUCCUCUGUCAGAAAGCCGCAUAUUCCUAGUGUGGUUCGCGGCUCUUUUAUUUUGUUUUAACACGGCUGUAAAUGCUGAAGUAAAGGUCCAAAAAUAUGUUCACCUCUAUUUCUAUGUGUCCCCAUCCCCUUAAACAGCUGAUUUCCUGACAAAAACCAUAAUGCAAAGCCUUUUUUUUUUUUUUUAGUGUGAAUUGUAUGCUGCUAUACAUAGGUAACCUAUGGUAUACUGGAGAGGUCUGUAUCUUCUCCAGAAUAACAGAAAUAAACCAUUCAGUGCAUACUAACUGCUUUUUCAAAAUUGAACGUGCUAACAAAAGACUCCAGAGAUUACAGCUCUGCAUACUUUGGAGCUUGGGAAGGGUUAACUAAUCAUGUUCUCAGUUCCACAAAUUUAACUUGAAACUGACCUUCUUGGGUGUCUGCAGUUGGUGUUGAUUUGUGUUCUCAAAGAACUUUGUCCUUUUGAGAACCUCAUUAUGUAUAGUUGGAUUCUGCGUGACUGUUCAAGGUGUCAUGCACAACUGUAGCUCAUCUAAUAAUCAGAUGCCUUUAACAUGCUUUUCUCUUGCAAUAUUUUAAUUACUAGGUAACAGUAGCCAUAAUUUAAAAAAACGUAGUUUUUCGUCAAGAAUGAAGCAGAGCAGUGCUGAAAUUUGCCGUCAUAGAAAUAAAACUCCUUCAUUUACAGUUUACAUAUAAUUUAAUAUUCACUGUAAUUGAGUAUAUAUUUUAGAUUGUUUUGUAUUGAUGAUUUUUUUAUCAUUAUGUUAAAUGUUUUUAUUUAUUUUAAAAUCAUUGAGAUUGUCAGAGGCCAUAAGAUAAAGUCGAUGAAAAUGGUAUUGUCUGUAAUUGUAUCACAUUUCUUGUACUUUGUACCAGUGCACUUUAGGUAUGUGAACCAUCACUUCAAUGAGAUAGUGUAACCUUUUUCUUAUGUUAGAAACAUCUCAGGAAUUUACAUGCUGUUACUUUUGUAGAUCUGUUUGAAGCCUCUUGGAUUUGUAUGAGUAUCAAGGAUACAUUUUCAGUUUUCCACCUGUCCUGUUCAGUUUUCUUUGUCUGUUCUUGACACUGGAGAGUGGAGUAGUAUUUUAAACAAGUCUGUUUACUGUUUUUGCUUCUUUAUUUUGGUAUAAAUGCAAUUGCACAGAAUAAUUUCCCAAAUUUUAUUUAUAAAGCUGAUGAAUAGCAACCCCCUUUUACAAAUAUAAGACACAGUUUUUCUAAUAAAUGCUGUUUGUUUUUGUUUUCUGUGUAGACUACAGGUUGGAUGGCUUUGGAUUGUAAUGUUUUGAACACUGUGUUUUGGUUAUAAUUUUAUAAAUUUGAUUUCCAGAAGUAAGAUGCGAUCCUGUAAAUUGUAUUUAUUUGUUGUACUUAAUUACCAGCCCAACUCUUUAAAUUUGACAAAUAAUGCCUUAAAGGUUCAGUAGUGUGUUUUGUGGUGUAAUUAAUGAAAUGGCGUGUUUAUAAGAAAAUACUGUAUGUAUAUAUGUAUGUAAAGUCUCUGUGGAAAGCCAAAAAUUAUUGAUCAGACCCUGUCAUUAUCUAGACCCUGAAAGAACUAUAGAAACUGAGGAAUAAUGAAUAUGAGAAAGUAGGUUAUAAUUUCAGUUAAUGCUUAUUCUAUAAUUCAACUUCAAAUUUAUACCUCAAUUAUCUGCAGGACUUUCUAAAAUACUUAGAAUCGGGGUGAGUGGAGUCUCCACAGUUGUGUGUUCAUCAGUGCAGUACAAUGGCUGUUCCAGUAGUGUGACAGGGCUCAAAAAUAAAAGGAACAUUAAAUAUGAACCACGUUAGUGUGAGCUGGUCACAGCAUCACGUGACAUCAGCUGCCACACAGCAUCCGAAAUCGCGAGGACUGGACAGGUAUAAGAUCAAUAUAAAGUGGUGAAAGACAGUCACUGAGUAUCCGAUCCAAUACACUUGGGAACUGAAAGAUACCCUGGAAAAGAGUAUUUCAGGAGACAAAAAUACAGCCACCCCAAACAGGAGCAUUGAGGCAGUGCAAUCCAGGAGAGGGUACAACUCUCAAUUAGCGAUUAGUCCUUGAUAACAGAAGGCUGAAUCCAAAGGACUGAAUCUUAUACCGGGGAAUUCACCUCAUGAUUCUUUAUUUGUGGAAGAAUAAACAUGAAUACCCCAUGUCUUGCGUAUGCUUUUGGUGUCUGUUUACUUCCAAUAUUAUUUUUACUGUACACAGCGCAGGUAGAGUACUCCAGAGAUCGGAGAAGAUCUCUCGCUAAAGUAUUGAGAAGACCCCUUAGAAAUUAUACCAUUUCUUGUUCUCCCCCUUUUUACAGGGAAUUGGUGAGGAUAGGUGUCUUAAUAUUUUUCUUUUCUGGGAUCAGAGAAGUUUCUUAGUAUUUCAGCCCAUUGCUUUCUCCACCUUACAGACCGAAAUCCAUGAGACCCAAUCUAAUUGGAUGGCUCCAAAUGCAGACACACUGCGCAGAGUUGUAUCAAAUACUACACAUUGUAAAUAUGGUACCAGUAAUGAAUAUAUUAAAAAUGCAUCUACAGACUUUUUUCUUGGUUUUUCAGUUUGAUUUAAAAUUGGUUUUGAAUUCUGUCUCCAUUCUUCAGAUGUAUUUUUUUACAUGUAUAUGCACACACUCCCAAGCAGAAAGAAUGGGAACAUUUUAAAUGUUUGUCAUAUGGGAUGUGAUACAUUUAAUACUACAGUAGCAAUAUGGUGUUAAAACAUCUGAUAUACAUUGUUUUAAGUAUGUGUAUGUAAAGCUGUUAAUAUAUGUAAAUAGUUAAAUUGUUGAAAAUGUGUAAAUUAUGAAAUUUUGUUGUUGCACCUAGUCUCCCCUUUUCAUAAUGUUGAUUUUUAUCACCACGAUACAAAAAUUCAUCUAACCCUAAAUUUCAUUACUGAGGAACACAGAUUUUAUGUUUCACUCUUCUUUAUAUAGUAUUUUUAAUACUGAAUUGUGUUUUUCCUAGGUUGAAAAAAGGUCCACUCACCAUGCAAAUUUUGUUUUUAUAAAAAAAAUAAUUUAAUUUUGGCAGCUGUCAGUAUCCUGUAUAUAAUUCAUUUUAGCUCUCUGAAACAAGUGUAGGGUCAUGAUUUCUAGCCUUUUUUCCCCAAACAAUUAUUUAAGUUAUCCAACCUAUGAUAAGGUCAGCAGUGUGACUGAUAGAAUAUAGACUCUUGGUCUGUGCUGUAAUAUCACUUGUCAUUGUAAAUAGCAUCUGGUAGCAGGUACAAAUGCACAUCACAGAACAAAUAGUAUUGUAGUAUUAUGUCGAUUUUGAUUUUAAUAGCUGAUUUUGUAAACGAGUCACAUAUUUUUGUAAUUAUCUGAAGCGAGGUUCUUUAAAAAUUAGUUCACAGCUGUCCAGUCUGUUACUCUAGUUCUGAUUAAAUGUGAAAAUUUCAAAUAAAAUCCUGCCUUUGUAAUAUGUUCAGUAAACAUUAGGGGGAAAUAUUUUUUUUAAUGUAAAUUAAAUUGUUAAAUGAAAGCAAUAAAUGUUAUUAAAAGAUGA